AUGUGCGGCUCAGACAUCUUCCUGGCGAUCCUCGCGAUAUUCUUCCCACCGGUUUCAGUAUGGAUUAAAGUAGGCAUUUGUACAGCAGACUCGAUCAUCAACCUUGCCCUUUGUUGUCUCGGCUAUGUGCCGGGCCUACUACAUGCUUGGUAUAUCAUUCUCAAAUAUCCAGAGCAGGAUCCCGAUGAUCCAUCUACGAACCAGUUCCCGGGGAUCCAGCACCCGUCUCAGAGAGGCUACGGUACUGUGGCACCAACUACAGCGACACAUCCGCCGCAAGAACAAUCACAGUCUGCUCCUAAGCCCCAGAAUGAUCCCGCGGCCGGCAGUAGCAGCGAUCAAACACACGGUGAUUCGCGACCACCGCCCACGUAUGCCGAAGCCGUGAAGGGUGACCACAAGGUUCAGGACUGA